UGGGUUGAAACAUAAAAAAGUUUCCCGCCGAUGGUGAAGAACUUUCCCUUUGUUUCUUUUCUCUGCAGUUCGCAGAGAGCCUCGGAAAUCGCCUCGUGGCCAAUGGGCAAAAGGUAAGAACAAACUGUCUUUGAGACCGCUUGGACCCGACGAGAGAUGUGAGAGUUCCUCCAUCAUGAGCUUCUUUUUGGGGUGGAAUUGCCCAUGCCACCGGCAGUUGGCGCAGUUUUGAGACCACCUGGCUGCUUUUACGAUUACAGUUCCGAGCACUUCCCCAAGCUUCCUCUCAGCUUCCCUUCCAUACGCCUAUUUAAACAUUUCCCCGCCAUGUUCUUUUUUGAUGACCGCAUGACCACAUUUUGAUUACAGGACUACUUGGACGACACAGACAACAUGGCUGCUGAAUCUUUGGGACAGCAAUGGUCAUGGCCCGAUGAAGUACGUGCUUCAUCUCCUGAGCAUCCGCACCAAGAUAGCAAUUGGACGACAACACCUCGGGCACCCGCCACGGAUGCACCUACCGGCACGGCGCCAGAACCGACACCAGCAGAACCAUCACAGCCGCGUUACAAACCACGUACUUGCCGGAUAUGUUUGGAAGUCGUGCAACCAUCUACCGAGCUCGACGAUACCGUCGCCGGGCGGGUCUUUGCGUCAAAAGCUCGUGUACGAUAUGUUUCCGAGGAUCCCGAGCUGGGUCGGCUCAUGAGCCCAUGCAACUGCAAAGGCUCUCAGAAAUAUGUUCACGAGGGUUGCCUCCAGGCCUGGAGAAAUGCUGCGCCAAUGUCGGAGAGGAAUUACUGGCGAUGUCCCACUUGCAAGUUCGAGUAUCGUAUGGAGCGCUUGAGAUGGAGCCGAUGGCUGUCAAGCAAGGCGCUACGGGCAGCCAUCACAAUCUUGGUGAUGAUGAUUACAGUCUUCAUACUUGGAUUCAUUGCCGACCCCAUCAUCAGAUAUGGCGCCGACCCUCUGGGUACCAUCGCCGGAACUUUAUUAGGGGAGUUUGACGAAGAGUUCGACAUACCAGUGCAGCCACUCGUCGAGGAAUUGGAGUCAGACAAUUGGUAUAUGCACUUUGUCAAGGGUUUUUUGUCCCUUGGCCUAUUGGGUUUUAUCAAGUCAAUGUUGGCCAUCUCGCCUUUUCAGAUUUUCAAUAUCCGAGUUGGCGGUGGUCGUCGCAGACGAAGAGGUGGGACAGAGGGCAUCAGUUGGUUUGUUGUGGUUGUUGGGGUUGUUACAUUCUUGGCAGCAACCUGGCAUGCCGUCAGUCAUUUCAGCGCAAAGUUUCUUGAGAAGCUCAGCGACCGUGUUGUGGAUGUCCAAGGAACGGAGCCCGAAGAUGACGAAGAUGACGAAGACGGUGAGACCGAUGAGUCAAGAAAGGAUAGGUGAUUGUGGCCAACAGUGAUUGUUCGAGUUCUAGAAGCUCCCAGUUCUCUUCAGUCCCCAUAGAGACCCCCCUACCUGUACGAAGUACUGCACACUCUUAAGUUUCCACAGCUGCUCUUCCAUGCUGUAGCUUACUAGUCUGUGUGCAGAGAUCAAGCGUGGCAAUAGCUGGCCGAAUUUGGGCGUCUUGUCCUGUUCAUGUUUGGCUUUGCGAUGCGGCAGUCCUGUUGGUCAUCUUGAGGGCCUCUUUGGGCGUUACUCAUUGUGCUGCUUCCUCCUCAGCUUCAUGCUGACGUACGAAGUGGGUUGAAGUUGCCAGCAGGAUUGGUACAGUUAUGUCCAUCUCUUGUAUAUAGGGUGAUUUUAUGAACAUAUAAUCGUACUUGUGGUUCAAUUGGGUAUGAUGCCUGUCUGGUGAUGGUGACAUGGGGAAGCUGAUAAGAGAUAAGCUGCCGGGC